AUGGCCAUGGCCGUCGACAACCGACAGCAGUCCCAGCUCAACACCAUGGGCUACGACCAUCUUCGCUAUCCCGCACCGCACUUCACGAACCCGUGGGUAUCAGGCCCCGCGGCGCCCUCGUCGCAGAUGUAUCCAGCGUCAGGACUCGAGAAGUUCGAGGGCGCCAGUCAGCAGCAUGUUCAGAGGCCUACUAGCCUGUCGCUACCGUUCCACAACCUCCCCGUCACGGCGCCGUCCCUAGGAUCAGGUAUUAGUCUCUCAGAUGGCACUUUCCGAUCACAAAACUUACUUGACGCAUCGCAAGAUCUUCUCAACCCCGCGAGGACGUACCCCAGUGGAUACUCGUCAGCCUCGCCCAAUGCUGCGUCGUAUGCUCCCACAUCAGCACCGCAAUAUCCCAUGGACUAUUCCAACAACUCCAGAAGCCCGUAUGCGUACCAGCAGGAUCCCGCGCGGCGCUCCUCUCAUCCGUCAGUAUCCUCUGCCGACCUCCUCGAGAACCCAGUCGAGUCUCAGCGCCAGCGCCAAAGCUCUUUAGUUGACUUUAACAGAAUCAAUUCCCAGCAAGCACAGCGUAACAGCUUCAGCGAUGCCCUGGAUGCCAGCCGGGGAAUGGUCGCCAUGAGCCAAGACAUAACCCCGCGCAACAUCUACGGCAACCAAGGUGGUAGCAGAAGCUCGUCUGACUCGUAUGGAUUCCCGUCUACGCACUCUGCCCACUCGUCCAUUUCGUCUGCUAGCACUUAUCCAUCUUACUACAACGGAUCCGUCGCCGAGUCGUCCGUCACCGACUACAGUUCGGCCUCCGAAUCAGUAGAGCCAAUGACUUCUCGGACACUCCCGCGGCCUUCAGCACUGAUCGGCACGAACUUACCGCCCGCGCCCCAAUCAAUGAUGGGACAGUUCAGCUCUAAGGUUUCUUCGAGCUCGCAGAAGAAGCACAAGUGCAAGAUCUGCGACAAGCGAUUCACCCGCCCGAGUUCAUUACAAACCCACAUGUACAGCCACACUGGCGAAAAACCAUUCGCAUGCGAAGUCGAGGGCUGUGGGCGCCACUUUUCCGUUGUCUCGAAUCUAAGGAGACACCGAAAAGUCCACAAGGGCGAACGCGACCAUGACCAUCCCUCGCCAGAGGAGAUGUGA